AUGCACAAUUCCCUCUGGGACACCAAAACCAUUACCUACCACGGAUGUGCUGCACAGCUCUUUUUCUUUGCCUUCUUCAUGUCAGUAGAGUUUUCCCUCCUGACCAUCAUGUGCUACGACCGCUACGUUGCCAUCUGCAAACCCCUGCACUACGGGACCCUCCUGGGCAGCAGAGCUUGUGCCCACAUGGCAGCAGCUGCCUGGGCCACUGGCUUUCUCUAUUCUCUGCUGCACACAGCCAAUACAUUUUCCCUGCCCCUGUGCCAGGGCAAUGCCUUGGGCCAGUUCUUCUGUGAAAUCCCACACAUCCUCAAACUCUCCUGCUCACACUCAGGCUACCUCAGGGAAAUUGGGCUCAUUGGAGUUGGUACCUGUUUCUGUUUUGGUUGUUUCAUUUUCAUUGUUUUCUCCUAUGUGCAGAUCUUCAGGGCUGUGCUGAAGAUCCCCUCUGAGCAGGGACGGCACAAAGCCUUUUCCACGUGCCUCCCUCACCUGGCUGUGGUCUCCUUGUUUAGCAGCACUGCCUUAUUUGCCAACCUCAAGUCCCCCUCCAUCUCCUCCCCAUCCCUGGAUCUGGCCCUGUCACUUCUGUACUCUGUGGUUCCUCCAGCACUGAACCCCUUCAUCUACAGCCUCAGGAAUCAGGACCUCAAGGAUACCCUGAGAAAAAUGAUGACUGAAUCUUUUUCAGGAGCAAUAAAGUGCCUGUUUUCUGGUGCAUAGCAUUCAGAA